AUGAGCUCCAAAGCUAAGAAGCGUUCGCGCAAAACCGCUGAAGAACGGCCCGCCGACUGCCCCUAUCAAGUCACCAUGAUGCCGAGACCAGCUGCGCGCGAUUUUAAGGAUCCCAGGGCUGCAACAAGGCGCAAAACUGAGAGCGGCGCUCAGGAGGCAAAGCCUUUCUUCCAGAUCUCGCCGUUUGAGCCGGCUGGCAAGUUUCGUGCGUGCGAGACCAUGGAUAUGCACUAUCGGAUAGACCAGCGGAAGCAGUGGAUGAGCAUGACAAGAUACAACAGCUUUGUCCUUAACGGUCUCAAGUUCUUGAACGGAGAAUUCAUUUUCAUAGCGAAUGACGAUGCCAUCGAGCGUCAAAAGUCUGGCAAGCUACCCAAACAUGAGGUCGGUCCACGCGACUUUUGGGUGGCUCGAAUAUUGGAAAUCAGAGCCUCCGAUGAGCACCACGUCUACGCCAGAGUAUUCUGGAUGUACUCGCCAGACGAGCUGCCAGCCGCUACCAUGUCCGGUCAAAAAACGGCGGCUGGUCGCCAACCACAUCACGGAAUCAACGAACUAAUCGCGUCCAACCAUAUGGAUAUCAUAAACGUCGUGAGCGUUGUCCAGUGUGCGCAAGUUAAGCACUGGAUAGAAUCCGACGACGAAGAACAAAAUGCGCUGUAUUGGCGUCAAGCGUUCGAUUGCAGGACGAACGAGCUUUCACCCAUCCAUUUACUGUGUUGUUGCCAACGACCCGCGAAUCCCGACAAAACCCUGGUUUGCUGCACCAAUGGUGACUGUGGUAAAUGGAUGCACAUGGAAUGCCUGCGGCAGGAUGUGCUCAAGCGAGUGUUUGACCGCUUGGGCGCCGACCAUCCCCAACUUCCUGAACUUGCCGUGAUUAAGAAAGAAGAGCACGAGGACUGUUUCAAGAUGAAGCUACCUCAAGCACCACUCAGCCCACCUCCUGGAGAAGAUGAUCCACCCAGAGCGGCGAUUGCGGUCCAUGGGGACGAAAUCACCAAUGGCGUUGUGAAACAGCUAGACAAGGACACGCCCAAACUGGCAGAGCUGACGCCCCCAACAGCAAAUGCACCAUUACACAAGACGCUGCGAAAAGGUAUGGCCAAUAAAUUGCCGCUCAGAAAACGCACUUCCAUCUCAAAGCCCCAGCUGGAUAUCUUUAAGGCGGACCUGCGCAUGAGCGACAACCCGAUGAUGUGGCAGAUCGAUGAUCUCAGGGAGAACGUGAUCGGAGGGGUCAAGACAUGGCCCGAACCGGUGAUCUGUUUACUUUGUAAACACACAAUUGAAUGA